UCAGGACCCCGAGCGAGAUUUGAGAUCUCGCGGGAAACGCACAAUGCCGGGUUAGCAGUUGAGGGCGUGAGGAGGCUGGUGGGCCGAUCUCCUUGAGCAGCGCGGGAAGGGGAGGAGGCGGAACCUCGGCGCUGGAUGCUAGAGCUAAUUACCUAGUCAUGCAAUGGCUUUGGGAGAACUACCUGAAAAGGAUUGGUACAUCAUUCUGGGUGCAGCACCAUCAGAUAGUUUAAUGGAACUGAAAAGGAAAUAUCAAAGCCUAAUAUUACUGUAUCAUCCAGACAAACAGAGCACAGAUGUGCCAGCAGGAGAAGUGGAGGCGCGCAUGCAGAGGUUCAUCGAAAUUGAUCGAGCGUGGAAAAUUCUAGGGAAUGAAGAGACAAAAAAAGAGUAUGACCUGCAGCGGCGUGACCGUGAAUUAACACAAGGAUGGCCAGUGGAUGCUCAGGUUUUAAUUGAAGAUAUGAACUGGAAUCAAAGCGAGCACAGUUAUUCUCUCGCAUGCCGAUGUGGUGGAAAAUACAUUGUCUCCAAAAGUGAAGCUGAAGAUGGGUCUGUUGUAAGCUGCAAUACCUGUUCGCUGCUUAUAGAGAUUCUUAGAAGACCUAACAACUUAUGUGAUUUGAGUUUGCAGAAAAUGCAAAAGGUGCAACUAGGAGGACAGUUUGUAGAUAUCAGUACUACUGAAUAUAAUGAAAAAUAGAAAGUGUAAGAAAACGAAGUUAAAAAUCAUGUAAUUCUUUAGAUCACAAGUGUCAAAUGCAGGGUCCAUGGUCAAAUCUGGCCCGCCUCAUCAUUUUAUGUGGCCCAUGAAGCUUUCAUUGUCGGGAGAACAGAGUUGUAUUCAUACAGUCUUACAAUUACAAACAGCCCUUUGAAGGCAACCAUAAGGCUGAAUUGGCCCUCGGUGAAAAUGGGCUCGACACCCCUGCUUUAGAUGCUGUCGGAUUGCAGUUCUUCGGCCUAUGCUGUGUAGAGGUUCUGGGAGCCGUAGUUCAACACCAUUUGGAGAGCCCUUUGAUUCUCACCCCUGGUGUAAACUAAUGUUAUAAAAAUGUUUCAUUUCUGUAUCUGAAAUUUUCAGUACAUUCAUGGGACUCAUGAUAUAAAAUGCAGAGUGCAAAACAUUUGUAACUCAUACUGUUUCAAUUUGAGCAAUCCUACCCUAGUGUAAAGUAUUUAAUGUCUUUUUGGGAGCCCCAGUGGCGAAGUGUGUUAAAGCACUGAGCUGCUGAACUUGUGGACCAAAAGGUCCCAGGUUCAAAUCCCGGGAGCGGAAUGAGCACCCGCUGUUAGCUCCAGCUUCUGCCAACCUAGCAGUUCGAAAACAUGCAAAUGUGAGUAGAUCAAUAGGUACCGCUCCGGCGGGAAGGUAACGGCGCUCCAUGCAGUCAUGUCGGCCACAUGACCUUGGAGGUGUCUACAGACAGCGCCAGCUCUUCAGCUUCUCCCAGAGUCAGACAUGACUGGACUUAACGUCAGGGGAAACCUUUACCUACCUUUUUUUGCUUUAGAUCCAGAGAAGAAAUGGUGUGACCUGUGAGCCACAUGCUACUCUCUGGGUAUGCCCCCACUUUUUUGUUUUACUUACUCUCUGGGCACCCUGUGCCUCCAAACCAUACAAAAAUCUCCAAACUAUACAAAUGUGCAAAAUACUUCUACCCCUCCCAGAAUCUUGAAUUGCCUCUGUUUUCGUCGAAGUCCCUCUUAAAAUGGCAACAGGAUGUAAAAUUUUGUUUUGAAAGGAACUCUGCAGAUAAAUAGAUUCAUUUUGGUGCCAUGGAUGGGGCCUGAAGAAGUGUGUGAGGGGUGCUUUUUGGGAAAAUUGGUUCCUGCACAAUGCCCUCCCUCAAUUUCUUAUCACAAUUACAGAAUGUUUUAUAUAUUGAAGUAGAGAGUAGUCUUUUUUCUGAGUAGUCUUUUUUCGCAUCCAGCAACCAAGAAGAAAUUACAAUUGGGUCAGACGUGUUAAAUUAGAAAGUGUCCUCAUGACUGGAAACAUGGUGCAUUUUGAAAACAGAUUUAAUGAAAUAUAUUGUAGUUAUGUGCUCUGAGAUAGGGAAUUAUUAUUGCUAAUUUUAUAGUAAAAUGUAUGUGCUGACCUCACUGUAGCUAAUUGGCAGAUGGGCUGAAGUAAGAGCAGGGAGCCUGGUGCUCAGAAAAUGUUUUGCAGUACAGCUGUGGUAAUGACUGAUCAUUGGCUAUACUGCAAGGCUUUAAUCCAAAGUACCCAGAUAACUCUAGAUUCCUGCCUCUCUCCUAGAGUGUUACAGUAAGCCCUCCACUUUUGAGGGAGUUAGGGAAGUUAGAAUCACACCGGAGGGCCAAGAGGUUCCUAGAAAGAACAUAUCAGAUCUGCAAAAGUUAAACCUGCAAAUGCAGAGAACUGACACUUUUACUUUUUCAAACAGGUGUGCAAAUAAAUUAGUGUACUUAGUGUCAUUAAUGAAGGAUGUUAUACUUCUGAAAUGGCAUUCAUUCCAUGAAGAAAAAAUAUUUUCACCAAAUGCAAUUAUUAAGAACAAUAACAUUACAACCUGUAUAACAUAUUUGUAGCAGGUCUUGUAUGUAGUCACUGUUGUGUUUUCUGCAUGUAUAUUAAUAUCAUUAAAAUGCAAGCAUAAUGCCAUAAAACUUGUAAAAAUUUACAUGGGAUCAAUGAAAAUGAUCAGAAUUAUUACAAUUAUUGUUUAUUGUACAUAAAUAUACAAAUUGCUAUUUUUACAAGUUAAUAAAAACUGAAAAUAUA